AGUAGGGGUGGGCGCGGAGGAGGACCCGAAGGGGCAAAGGACUCUGUGAGGGAGUCGGUGAGAGACCAUGGGGAAGGACCAGGAGCUGUUGGAAGCUGCUCGAACUGGAAAUGUGGCUUUGGUGGAGAAACUCCUGUCUGGCAGGAAAGGAGGGAUCCUGGGCGGUGGAUCCGGACCCUUGCCCCUGUCCAAUCUGCUAAGCAUCUGGCGAGGCCCCAAUGUGAACUGCACAGACAGUUCGGGUUACACUGCUUUACACCAUGCGGCCUUAAAUGGACAUAAGGACAUAGUUCUCAAACUGCUUCAAUAUGAGGCAUCAACAAAUGUAGCAGACAAUAAAGGUUAUUUUCCUAUUCACCUGGCUGCCUGGAAGGGAGAUGUGGAAAUUGUGAAGAUUCUUAUUCAUCAUGGACCAUCACAUUCCAGAGUCAAUGAACAGAACAAUGAAAAUGAAACUGCCCUACACUGUGCAGCUCAGUAUGGGCACUCAGAAGUUGUUGCUGUUCUCCUAGAAGAGCUCACUGACCCUACCAUCAGGAACAGCAAGCUGGAAACUCCUUUGGACCUGGCAGCUCUCUAUGGACGGCUUAGAGUGGUCAAAAUGAUCAUCAGUGCGCAUCCUAACUUAAUGAGCUGCAACACUCGAAAGCAUACACCACUACACCUCGCUGCACGCAACGGUCAUAAAGCAGUUGUUCAAGUGCUGCUGGAAGCAGGGAUGGAUGUGAGCUGUCAAACAGAAAAGGGGAGCGCACUUCAUGAAGCAGCUUUGUUUGGAAAGGUGGAUGUUGUUCGAGUUCUGUUGGAAACAGGAAUUGAUGCCAACAUAAAGGAUAGCUUAGGUAGAACUGUCUUAGACAUUCUGAAAGAACAUCCAUCUCAGAAAUCUCUCCAGAUUGCAACUCUCUUACAAGAAUAUUUAGAAGGUGUGGGAAGAUCAACAAUCCUUGAAGAGCAAGUACAGGAAGAUACCACACAGGAAACACAUAUUUCAUCUCCUGUUGAGUCUCCUUCCCAAAAGACCAAAAGUGAAACCGUGACUGGAGAAUUAUCAAAACUCUUGGAUGAAAUAAAGCUCUGUCAAGAAAAGGAUUAUUCUUUUGAAGAUUUGUGCCACACAAUAUCAGAUCACUACUUAGAUAAUUUGAGCAAGAUUUCAGAGGAAGAACUUGGGAAAAAUGGAAGCCAGAGUGUAAGAACUUCAUCUACAAUAAACUUGUCAUCAGGAGAAGUGGAAGAAGAAGAUGAUGAUGAAAACACUUGUGGGCCCUCAGGACUCUGGGAAGCAUUAACUCCUUGUAAUGGAUGUAGGAACCUUGGCUUCCCCAUUCUUGCACAGGAGUCCUAUCCAAAGAAGAGGAAUUACACUAUGGAAAUUGUACCAUCUGCUUCACUGGAUACAUUUCCUUCAGAAAAUGAGAACUUUCUAUGUGAUCUCAUGGACACAGCAGUUACAAAGAAACCUUGCUCCUUAGAAAUUGCAAGGGCCCCUUCUCCAAGAACUGAUAAUGCCUCUGAGGUAGCAAUUACUGCUCCAGGAACUAGUAACCAUAGAAACAGCUCCACAGGCCCAACACCCGACUGCUCACCUCCAUCCCCUGAUACCGCCCUCAAAAAUAUUGUAAAAGUUAUUCGACCACAGCCUAAACAACGAACAUCUAUUGUGUCUUCUCUGGAUUUUCAUCGAAUGAAUCACAACCAAGAAUAUUUCGAAAUCAACACAUCUACAGGGUGUACAAGCUUUACUUCCAGCCCUCCUGUUAGUCCACCCACCUCUUCUGUGGCAACCACAGAAGUCAAGAACGAGGGAACUGGCCAUACAGAUGAUCUCGCUCAACAGGAGGACAGUGAUCCCCCAAAAGAAUAUGAUCCGGGGCAAUUUGCAGGCCUUCUCCAUGGAUCCUCUCCAGCCUGUGAGUCCCCUGAAAAUCCAUUCCAUCUUUACGGGAAAAGAACUGAACGUGAAGAAGGACAAGAUGAAGUCAGUUUGGCAAAUAGUCCUUUGCCUUUGAAGCAGACUCCAGUAGAAAAUAACUCGGAACCUUUGGUAAAGAAAAUUAAGCCCAAAGUGGUCAGUAGAACAAUUUUUCACAAAAAAAACAACCAACUCGAGAACCACACCAUUGUUGGCACAAGAACAAGUAGGAGUGGCUCCCGGAAUGGGGACCAGUGGAUUGUGAACACGGGGGGAUUCGUGGAGAGAGCCUGUACCCUGGGGAGAAUCAGAUCAUUGCCGAAAGCCCUGAUCGACAUGCAUUUAUCCAAAAAUGUCUCUAAAUCAGAUUCUGAUCUCAUUGCCUACCCUUCAAGUGAGAAAACUUCAAGAGUUAACUGGAGUGAAUCUUCAAAUGCUGAACACAGUUCUAAAGGGAAUUCUGAAAGAACUCCAUCCUUCACUUCCGAGUGGGAAGAAAUUGACAAAAUAAUGAAUUCCAUAGAUGUUGGAAUUAACAGUGGACUUGAAGGAAUUAAUGGUGAGACCACAAGACCCCGAUGCCCUGUCCAAACAGUGGGACAAUGGUUGGAAAGCAUUGGGCUACCUCAGUACGAGAACCACCUGAUGGCUAAUGGAUUUGACAAUGUGCAGUUUAUGGGAAGCAAUGUUAUGGAAGAUCAGGAUUUGUUAGAAAUUGGAAUCCUUAAUUCUGGGCACAGACAAAGAAUUCUACAGGCAAUCCAGCUCCUUCCAAAGAUGAGACCCAUUGGCCAUGAUGGCUACCAUCCGACCUCCGUUGCCGAGUGGCUGGAUUCCAUUGAACUAGGUGACUACACCAAAGCCUUUCUAAUUAAUGGCUACACAUCGAUGGACCUGUUGAAAAAAAUCUGGGAGGUUGAACUUAUAAAUGUUUUAAAAAUCAGUUUGAUUGGCCACAGGAAACGUAUUUUGGCAUCUCUGGGAGACAGGCUGCACGACGAUCCACCGCAGAAGCCCCCCCGGUCCAUCACCCUCAGGGAACCCAGUGGUAAUCACACUCCUCCUCAGUUGUCUCCAUCACUUAGCCAAAGCACUUACACCACUGGUGGCUCCCUAGACGUUCCUCACAUUAUCAUGCAGGGCGAUGCAAGGAGGAGAAGAAAUGAAAACUACUUUGAUGAUAUUCCCCGAUCAAAACUGGAGAGGCAGAUGGCCCAGCAGUCGUCUGUCUGUGAGAUAUGGACGAAUCAGAACGCUGGAUUUCCUUUCUCAGCCAUCCAUCAGGUUCAUAAUACAGGAGACUGGGGAGAACCUUCCAUUACUUUGCGACCUCCAAAUGAAGCCACAGCCUCGACUCCAGUUCAGUACUGGCAGCACCACCCGGAAAAGCUCAUCUUCCAGUCGUGUGAUUACAAAGCUUUUUAUUUAGGUUCUAUGCUGAUAAAAGAGCUCAGGGGGACAGAAUCCACCCAAGAUGCUUGUGCAAAAAUGCGGGCUAACUGUCAGAAGUCUACAGAGCAAAUGAAGAAGGUCCCUACCAUUAUUCUUUCAGUCUCUUAUAAAGGAGUCAAAUUUAUUGAUGCAACAAAUAAGAACAUAAUUGCUGAGCAUGAAAUUCGUAAUAUCUCCUGUGCUGCCCAGGACCCGGAAGACCUCUCAACGUUUGCUUAUAUCACAAAAGAUUUGAAGUCCAAUCACCACUACUGCCACGUGUUUACUGCCUUCGAUGUGAAUUUAGCCUAUGAGAUCAUCCUAACGCUGGGACAGGCAUUUGAAGUCGCUUACCAGCUUGCGCUGCAAGCCAGGAAAGGGGGGCAUUCCUCCACCCUUCCAGAAAGCUUUGAAAACAAGCCCUCCAAGCCCAUCCCCAAGCCCCGAGUCAGCAUUCGCAAGUCCGUGCAGAUCGACCCAUCUGAGCAAAAGACUCUGGCCAACCUGCCGUGGAUUGUGGAGCCGGGACAAGAGGCCAAAAGGGGAAUAAAUACCAAGUAUGAAACCACAAUUUUCUGA